CGACCCUUUUGAAAUAAGAGGAGGACCAUUUUGCGCAAUUGCCUUUACUUCUGUGUUUACAGCACUAUAUCGUAGAAGUAGCUUGUGUAGCAGUGUAGUUCAUUGUACUAAGUGAAAUGGCUCCCUACUGUAACCAAAAACUAUCAUGAACUCGAAUUUUGGUGACUCCAUUGAGGACUACUCAGUGCUGGAUCUGGUGGGUAGGGGAGGGUUUGCCUGUGUAUACAGAGCCAAGAGCAAGCACAAUGGGCAGGAGGUAGCCAUCAAGAUGAUUGACAAAAAGCUGAUGCAGGCUGCAGGAAUGGUGGCACGGGUGAAGAACGAGGUGGAGAUACACAGUCGACUCAAGCACCCUGCCGUCCUGGAGUUGUACAACUACUUUGAGGAUGCCAACUAUGUCUACCUGGUGGUGGAGAUGUGUCACAAUGGAGAGCUCAACCGGUACCUCAAGAACACUCAGACAAGGCUCAGAGAGAAUGAUGCUCGUCGCAUAUUCCGCCACGCUGUCGAAGGGCUGCUCUACCUCCACUCCCACAAGAUCCUGCAUAGGGACCUCAGUCUCUCCAACCUCCUUCUCACUAAGAACAUGGAUGCUAAAAUUGGUGACUUUGGUUUAGCUGCUCAACUGAAAGCUUCGGAUGAAAAGCACUAUACAAUGUGUGGUACCCCAAACUAUAUAGCACCGGAGGUGGCCAGUAGGGGCCCUCAUGGCCUGGAGUGCGAUGUGUGGUCACUGGGCUGCAUGCUAUACACGCUGCUUGUUGGUCAUCCGCCAUUCGACAUGGAUGGUGUAAAAAACACUCUAAACAAAGUGGUGGCUGCAGACUUUGAGAUUCCAAGCCAUCUAUCUUCUGAAGCUAAAGACUUAAUCAUCUGUCUCUUGAAGAAGCAUCCUGCUCACAGGCUGAGACUCGCGCAGAUACUUGAUCAUCCAUUUAUGAUGGAGCAAUCCUCAACUUCGCAAGAAACACCUCUACCAAGAAGCCAGCCUUCAAUCAGAGGGGCUCACCCACUCUCACAAGCCUCCCUGGAUAGCGGGCAAUACACAAUGUCCUCGUCUCAAAGUGUCAACAGAAGUGGACCAAUGAGAGCAACUGUUCGACCUCACGGCAUCGAGAAUCACAUCCCACCAACAACACUCUGUUCCACUGUGUCCACCAGCACUCAGAGCAGCGGACCCAGUCCCUCCCGACAUCAGUCUAUGACCUCUACACACUCGAGUCAGUCCAAAAAAUCCACCCCUGGCCACAGAAAGACACACAGUGUCGACAGCUUAAAAUCUAAGCAUCCUUUUCAAAAUCACUCAAACUCUCAAUCCAGUCAACUGUUGGGCACCAAACACUAUUCUAUAAGCUGUGAGGAUUUAAGGCAAGGCAAUAAAGAGAACACACCCACACAGAGCCGGAGGGCCAAGAGUGACUUUGAUUCUGGAAGAGCUACCACACACCAUCGUACAAACUCAACGCGGAGGCCACUUGAAGAAAAAUAUCAUGCAAAUUCAGCCCAUCCAUUCAAAGACAGGACAAAUGUUCGGUCACGAUCAGAAGAGAAAAAAACGAGUGAGAAGAGAGCUGUCGAAAGUUUGAAGGAGCUGGUCCCACCACUAAAUGCUGCGAGGCUGAGACCAAUAAAACAGCAGACCAGGAGUGCCAUUGUGAGCGUCUCAAGCAGCAACAAGGUGUGCCUCCAGUUCAUCCGUCGUCCACUCGGUUCAGCCAGCAGCUCAGUGAGUCUGAUCUCAGCAACCACCACAGGCACAGCACGACCAUCCACUAGGAGCAGCGAGGAGGUCACCGAGGUUGUCCAGAUAUCAACCAAUGGGAUGAAUAUUGAGGUUCUCCGACCCAUGAAGUCCACACGUAGUGUCCACAACCCCUCUCCAGAGCAUGAGGGAUUCUAUCUUCAUGCCUUCUACAGCUACCAUGACCUGCCCCAACGCUAUUGGAAAAAGUACCAGUACGCCAGUCAGUUUGUGGGGCUUGUGAGAGCCAAGACGCCCAAGGUCACCCUCUACACAGACCUGGCUAAGUGUAUGCUCAUGGAGAAUGGAGGCAACCCUGACUACGAAGCAUGCUUCUAUAACGGUGCCAAAAUCCACAAAUCUGGUGGCAAGCUGCGUUGUAUAGAGGUGGGCGGGGUGAGCUACACGCUAGAGGAAGAGCCCCUGGAGGUACCUGCAGGGAUAGCCUCGUGUCUAGAUCAUGCCAACCAAACCCUACAAAAAUGUAAAGAUGUCGAGUCUGCUAUAACAAAUUUAGAGAAGCAGUCUUCGAAUGAGAGUUUCUUUCCUGUGACCAUUCGGAGAAGACCGCAGAAGGAUGUGGGUAGCAACGUGAGUAGCCCAAGUUCCUCACUACCUCGGACCUGUACAAGCAGUCCUGUGUCAGUGAGCACUGUGUGUCAGUCAUCACCGUCUGAGCUACCACUACAACAGCACCUACACAUGCGUGGCUGCGAGAUUACCCCGACAGAGUCUUCCUACCAGAAGCCCUCCUCACAUCUCUCCACCACAAGCACCCUGAGAGCACCUCCACACACUGCCAGCAGUAGGUCCAGAGCUGAGGAUCCAAUACUCUUGAAGAGUAUGUAUGUGGAUGGAGCAGGAUGGGCAUCACAAAUGUCCUCUGGAGAAGUGUGGGUGCAAUAUAACGAUGGCUCAAAGGUCAAAAUGCAGCCUAGUCCAGGGGCUGCAGCACUAACAUACACAGACCCUCAAGGGCAGGAGAUACGGUUUGGUAAGAACGACAAGCUCCCAGUGACUGUAAAAGCCAAGUUUGCAUGCCUACCCAAAGUCAUUGACAGUUUUGUGAAACAAACUUAAUCCAUGUAUAUAUAAUUAUUAUGAUGUAUAGCUAUAACUAUUUAUUGAACUGUUACCACUUUUUAUGUCAGCCUUUAUGCUAGCUUCGAUUCAUUCACUGUAUGUACUCAAUAUGUUCCAUGUUCAACAUGACUCCA